GAAUCCAUUCCUCUCUCACACAUCUUCUGAAAGGCAAGCUUCAAGUUCAGUGAACAUCCACAGCUUCUAGGAUUUUUUUUUUAAGUGUCACUGCUGCGAAUGAGUACUGCCUAACCUCCCCAGGAGAAAAAAUGGGUACAGGGGAUUAUAUCUGCAUCACCAUGACUGGAGGGGCACCUUGGGGUUUUAGGCUUCAAGGUGGGGAGGAAGAGAAGCAGCCUUUGCAGAUUGCCAAGAUUCGCAAUAAGAGCAAAGCAUCCAAGUCUGGGCUGUGUGAAGGGGAUGAGGUGAUAUCUAUCAAUGGCAACCCUUGUGCUGACUUGACCUACUCUGAAGUUAUCACUCUGAUGGAAGGUUUGGCUGACACACUCCAGAUGCUUAUUAAGAGAUCUUCCAGCGGAGUGAACGAGACUUUAAGUCCUGAAACAGAAAAUGGAAAUCACCGUGACAUUAAAAAUGAGGAAUAUAAAGAGAGCACCACCCUGCAAAUCAGAACAGCAGUGCCCAGGUCCCAACAACAACUGCAGUUCAUGGGGGCAACCAAAGAAACACUCCAAAGAGAGCAGCAAAGUGAUGCCGACUUUUCUGGGACAAACCAAGAAAGAGAAAUAACCCCGUCUCACAAAAUCCUUCCCAAAGUGAUUGAAGCCCCUAAAGCACACUUCAUAGAGGUGCCUGCUUUCACUGGGGGAACUGUAGAAAAGCCAGGACCUACAGUUGAGCUGCAGUUGUCCCUCUUGCAUGAUGAGCACAAAGGCAGCAGCACUCCUAGUCUGACUGUUCUGGGAGGUGAACAGUGUAAGGCUUCAGAAACAGGAUCCACCCUGCCACAAGAUGGGAGUAGCUGGGUAACUGCAGCUCCUUCAGCUAAAAAAGACUGCUCCACCCAAUGGUCCAGCAGAACAUUCCAGAUUGCUAGUGGCAAAGAGGUAAAAGCAAUCCACAGAACCGAGACAAAGGAGCCGUCUCUCUCUAAGGUGGAGGUGAUCCUAGACUGCUUUGACAGGGCAAAGGAAGAAUCCAGGUCUCUGGCUGAAAAGGGGUGUGUGGAUUGUCAAGUGGAAGGAGGGCAGUCAGAAGCACCUCCUUCUGUAGUCUCCUUUGGAAUUUCAUCAGAAGGCACAGAGCAGGGAGAAGACGACCAGCAUUCUGAAAGGGAACAUAGCAGACCUCACAAACAUAGGGCAAGGCACGCCAGGCUCAGACGGAGUGAGAGCCUGUCAGAGAAACAGGUGAAGGAAGCCAAAUCUAAAUGUAAGAGCAUUGCCCUGUUGCUGACAGCAGCUCCAAAUCCCAACUCCAAGGGGGUGUUGAUGUUCAAGAAGCGUCGCCAAAGAGCCAGGAAAUAUACUUUGGUCAGUUACGGCACUGGGGAGCUAGAGCGUUACGAGGACAACGGUGAAGAAGACGAGGGUGAAGAAGGUGAGAAAGAGAAUACUUUUGAAGUAACCUUACUAGGCACAAGUGAGUCAGAAAUCGAUGAAGAUUUCUUCUCUGACAUUGACAAAGAAGACCGGAUUGUGACAUUUGACUGGGAUACUGGACUGCUUGAAGUUGAAAAGAAACCAAAAAGUAGGGACGAGAUGUCUCAGCUGCUUCCAGAGAGCAAGGGCAAGGGGGCACUCAUGUUUGCCAAAAGACGUCAAAGGUUGGACCAGAUCACUGCUGAACAAGAGGCAAUGAGGAUGCAGGCAGUGCACCAUUCUUCUGAGGAGCACCGAGAGGCCAUGACUGAGAGCACCCAAAAAACAAGUUCUUUUUAUCAUGCCAAACAAGAAGAAUCUUCCAGGGUGCAAAGCCAUAUUAGCAAAAGCUACAUAGAUGUGAGUCACAGUCAUUGCACACCAAUUCAGCAAAAUGGCAUUGGGAUCACUCCUGAGACAAAUCUGAUGUAUCAGUCUUCAGAAGCCCUUAAGACAGCUUACAACAGAACAGCCAAACCUUUCCCUGGUGUACAAAACAGAGCAGCAGCUCCAUUUUCGCCCACCAGAAGCAUGACUAGCCCUCUAUCAGAUCUACCUGCGCCACCUCCUUAUACUUCAGUCAGCCCACCUCCUGAAACCUUAUACAGAACUGUUUUGAUGCCAGUUGCCACCAGCACAGCACAGCCGGUGAUAUGGUCUCCAACAGAAUCGACAGAACAGAUUGCAUCCAGGGAUGAAAGGAUUGCAGUGCCUGCCAAACGAACUGGAAUAUUGCAAGAGGCAAAGAGAAGAAGCACUGCAAAGCCAAUGUUUACUUUCAAAGAAGCCCCCAAGGUGAGUCCUAAUCCUGCUCUUUUGUCCCUCGUACAGAAUACAGAAGGCAAGAAAGGUGCUGCUGCAGGCUUUGAAUCAGGACCCGAAGAAGACUACCUCAGUUUGGGAGCAGAGGCCUGCAAUUUCAUGCAUAUCCAAGCAGCCAAACAAAAGGUCCCACCUCCAGUUGCUCCAAAACCUUCAUUAAAGGUUUCUCCUACUGCUGUAAUGCCUGCUUCACCAGUCUGGUCACCUCCAGCUGUGGCUGUUGCUCAGCCUCCUCUCUUUCCAGCUCCAAACUCACCUGGAAUGGCAACUCCAGCACCUGUGAAAAUAGCACAACCUGCUUAUCCCCCUCCACAGCCCCCAAGUACUCUUAACUUAGCUGGUCCCUUUAAAGGGCCUCAAUUAGCAUCACCACACCAAAAUUAUACAGCCAAAGCAACACCCACCACUCCACUAGGAAAUGUUGCACUUGCUGGAGGGGUGGGGCCAGCUUUUGAGAUGCCCCUAGCUUUGAGUGGGAAGGGAGCCCAGCUCUUUGCCAAAAGGCAAUCACGAAUGGAAAAGUAUGUGGUAGACUCAGAAACAGUACAGGCCAACAUGGCCCGGGAUUCAUCACCAACUCCGUCUUUGCCACCUUCUUGGAAAUAUUCAUCGAAUGUUCGAGCACCACCACCUGUGGCUUAUAACCCCAUCCAGUCUCCAUCUUAUCCUCUUGCUGCUACCAAGCAACAAUCAAAGUCCCCUGGAGCUGCCAAAACUACCAAGAAAAAAACAAAGAAAGCACUUAGUUCUUUGGAGGUUAUGAAGCAUCAGCCAUACCAGCUUAAUUCAUCCUUAUUUACUUUUCAGCCUCCCUCUCAUAAUAAGGAAACCCUAAGCAACCUUCCUAAGCAACCUGCAAAAUUUGACUCAGUGUCUGCCUCAAAACAAGCUCUACCUUCAAGAUUGCUCAAUGCUGGUUCUCCCACUAAUGUCCAGGCAUCUUCAGUGUACUCUGUACCAGCCUAUCCUUCACCACCUUUCUUCCAGUCAAAUGCCUCUAGCCCUGUCAUUGAGUCCUGUGCAUCGACAGGCUACCCUGCUUUUUCGAAGGAAGAACCAGCAGCAUCCUCUAUGUUUAUUGCUCCCAAGCCAAAGUUCUCAGCCAAGAAAGUUGGUGUCACUGCACAGGAAAGAGGUGAACAGUCUUUAUCACUCCCUGGAUGGCCACCUUCUUCAACCACUUCACGAUCCAUGUCCCCUAUUUCUCCUGUGAUGUUCCAGCCUGGUCCUGAUUAUUUCAACAAACCACCUCCAGCAGCUGACAAGCCUGGGAAGAGGCUAACUCCUUGGGAGGCAGCAGCCAAGUCGCCUCUUGGCCUUGUGGAUGAUGCUUUUGGCCCCCAGACCAUUCAAGAGUCGAUUGUUGCAAAUGUCGUGUCAGCCGCUCGCAGGAAAACGUUACCUGCACCACCAGAUGAGUGGAAACAAAAAGUGGCUUAUGAGCAUCCUGCUCCAAGUGCCCAUACCAAAUUAGCUUCAUUUGGAAGGGGCCAUUCAGCUGCAUCAUUCCCUGCAAAGAACACAAUGUCUGCUCCUAGCUCCACUGCCCACAGCGGCUCUCAUUUGCAGUAUGUAUACUAUGGCCAACGUGCCCGGACUGUUCCUGAUAUGGUCUCCAUGGAUUCCAGGUCUGAUUACUGCCUGUCUGUAGCCGACUCCAACUAUAAUCCACAUCCAAAGGGAUGGAGGCGCCAAACAUGAAAAGCAAAAGACCCUGCCUUGGUUUCUCUUCCUGCCAUUCUACAAGUCUUAGAGUCUAGGGUGAAUUGAAAAUGGGAAGAAGUGGACUAUGUGGGACAAAUGUUUCCUGGGCUGACAAUAUCUUGACAAAAGAGAUCAAGAGUUAUCUAGAGUGGAGCACAGUAUCCAUAACGUGUUUAGUCUUCCCAUAGCACAACAGGUUUUGACCCCAGCUUAAAAGCUUCGCUCUCUCUCCUCUCUCUGUCCCUCUGUGUUUUAAGAGGAAGUCAGAUCUGUGUAAGUUCAAAGUACAAAGUGGUGCUUCUAUAGGAGAAAGCUUCAGCUGGGAAGAGUGCAACAACUGUGGAAUUGGAAUAUUUGUAAAUUAACCAAUGAGCCUUUAUCAAGAAUGUAUUCUUAGGGCUCUUGAAAAAGCUUUCUUUCCAGUUUCUAUCCUAACCUGCCUGCAGCUGGUUAAAUGUCCAUCUCUAUGUGCUGGCCACUCAGUGGUGUUAAUGAAACUCCCUGGUCUCCUUUUUGUGUAACUGUCAUCACUGUCUUAAAACAGUUUAGCUGUGGUGUUUGAUUUUUCACUAAGCCAAAUAGGGCUUUUCCUAGCAAAUAACUGGCUAGGGGAGGGCAGAAAUGAGCAAAGCUUUCCUAGGCCUGGGGGUAGCCUCCAGGUGUUUGAUUCCAGUUGCCGUCAGCCCUAGCCACCAUGGUCUGGGCAUUGUAGUCCAGCAACAUCUGGAGUCCUCAAUGCUGGCUAUCACUAUGUUAGGCUUAUGCAUCCUAAACUUUAGAGAAGGAAUCAUGGAUCUAUGUAGAACACAUGCUUUGCAUACAGAAGAUCCCAGGUUCACUCCAUGGCAUCUCCAGCUAUAAGGAUCAGGUAGCAGGUGAUGGGAAAUCUUUCUCUGUGAGAUCCCAGAGAACCAUUGCCAGUCAAAGUAGAUAAUACUGGGCUAAAUGAAGAAAUAAUCUAAUGGUAUAAGUCAGCUUUCUAAACUCAUGCAUAAACUGAUGCUGAGCUCUGCUCCCACUUCCAUGCACAGCCCUAAAUAUAAAUAUAAAACCACUUUUUACAAGCACUUUUCACUUAUCCAAUUUUCCUGAAUGUCCUCAGUAUUCCAAACUAAUGCUUAUGUUUAGAACCACAUAAAGCAAUACUACAGUUAAAGGAUGAAAAACAUACAUACUCUGCUCUGUAUGUAUUAGGUGUGUUCAGAGACUGCAAGAUGUGCCUUGUGUCUGUAGCAUUUGGAAGCAGCCUGAGCUGUUUUGGAUGCACUCUGUGUUUGUCCAAUGCGAUUUGUUAUUUGGAUCCAAAUCUGAUCUGUUAAAUCAAAGCCCUGUUUUGCCCUCCUUGACUAUAAUGGGGAAUCUAAAAACAGCUAUAGCUUUUUUCCUUUUUCACAUAAGUGGGUGAAAUUUGCAGGUAAAGGAGUCCCUAUAGAGUGGAUUAAGUCUGCCAAAUUUUAGGCACAGCCAUCGAGAUGUUUUCAUGCAGAGUCCCUUUAAAACUGUUUUAAAAAGGAAAAGGCUGGAACGUUUCUAUUUUCUGCGGAAAUUUGAUGCAAAUCCUAGGUAUGGUCAACCCUUCUGAGGUGACCUGCCAAAUUUCAGAAAGAUAGGUGCCAUGGUUCUCCCACAAGGGCAGAUUUUUCCAUUUUGAGGGGGAAUAAAAAUCACUCCCCUAGGGUUUUUUGAGGGAGAGGAUAUGAGGGAGGUGCCCCUGGGUAAGAAACUUGAAAAAUCAGACAAAUAGGUCUAGGAGUUAUUGUGCUAGGGUCAGUGUUCUUCAACCUUGGGUCCCCAGAUGUUGUUGGACUUCAGCUCCCAUCACACCUGACAACUGGCUAAACUGGCUACGGAUGAUAGGAAUUAUAGUCCAGCAACAUCUGGGGACUUAAUGCUGAAAAACAUUGCGCUAGGUGAUUUUACCUUGAUUAUAAAAAAUGGAAAAGUCAGUUUUUUUCUCACCCCCCUCCUUUUUGGGAAUAUCCUCCAUCCUCCAUGAAGAAAAGAGAGUGCUAUGAUUUUUAAUUGUUAAGAAAAAAACUCUUGGGAAAGAAGAUAAUAAUAAUCUGGUUAUGUGCUUACAGCCAUAAAGUCAGAGCAGGCAACUUUAAUGCCCCUCCCCCAAAUCACUGUGAUUGGAGUUCACUGGGAAAAUAAUCACUGUGAUUAAAAGCUAGACCUGUCUGUCAAAAUCAAGGAUCGUCUCCUCUCUACUUCCCUCCCUCUCCACUCCCUCCCCUCUCGAACUCUGUGCAUUUCCCCAGUCAGUUUGGUUUUAUGUCUCAGAAAAGAAAGGGGAAGGGGAAAUGGACAAGUGUUUAACUGUAUGGAAAAACUGAGGUAACAGAGCUAGUUGGAAGGUUGGACACUCCCUGAUCUGACUCAUCAUACCUUGUCAAUGGCACAAUCUGAUUAGGUAACAUGAAGACUACCUCAAAUCACCCCAAUUUGCCUCAUUCUUUGGAGCACACAUGUAGCUGAUGCAUAACCCUGGAAGAAUGUUAAUGAAAUCAGCAGAGUAAGUUCUGACAAUUUCUUAAAGGGCAGGAAAAUGAUUAUUGCCAAAAAUAAUCAUAAAGUCAUCAUAUAAAUUAUCUAAAAUUAACAAAAGUAUUCAAAUCAAAGAGAUAUCUUCAAAACAUAAACCAGUCACUACACUCUUCAAACAUUUUUCUUUUCUUUUCCCAGCUUUGGCAAAGGCAUGAACAGUGUCAUUUUUAACAGGAGCUCAAGAUGGCCUAUAUCAGUCUUUGCCAACCUGAUACCUUCUAGAUGUGGCUCAGUACAACUCCCAUCAGCCCCAGCUUACAGCAGCUGAUGGGAGUCGUAGUCCAUACCAUCUGGAGGGCACUAAGUUGGUGAAGGCUGGCAUACAUACAUGGGUCUCUCCCCUCCCAUCUUUAGAACAACAACCCUGUGAGAAAGAUAAGUCUGACUGGCCAAAAAUCACCCAGUGAAUUUCAUGGCUAAAUUUGUAAGACUAAUCUCCCAAGAACGUAUGCCAAAGGCAUUGGGUAGAGCCUGGUACAUGUAGAAAUUAUUUCUAGCAUUUGAACACUGUGUGUGUGGGGGGGUGAGGAUGACCUCAAGAUGACAAGGUAGAUAACGUAACUGAAAAGCAAUGCUUCAGAUUUCAUUAGGAGUUGGAGGCAACAUUUAUGUAAUACACAGAGAAGUUGCAUUUGUUUGUGAAAUGUGAACCUUGUUAAUCAUGCAGUGGCUCACAUUCUCUUGUGUCACUACUAGUAGAUGAACAUUUGCCAUGGGACUUCUGAUUUAGCAAGAGAUCAGAACAAGGAUAUAGAGUAGCCUUCCCCAACCUAUUGCCCUCCACUGCUGGCUGGGGCUGAUGGGAGUUUUGCUCCAAAACAUCUGGAAGGCAACAGUUUGGGGAAGGCUGAUAUAGAUCAAGAAUGAAUUGUAGGAAGUCAGUUUUGUAUAGAAGUAGGUCUAUGUUAAGUGUUCAAUGGUUCGAGUCCAGUUUAAAGUAACUCUUAUGGAGACAUACAUUAAAAUAUGCAUUAUUUUUAGCCAGGGGCAGCUAACCUGGCAUCCUCUAGAUGUCUGAGUAGAAGUCCCAUGACUUCUGAUUAUUGGCCAUGCUGGCUGAGGAUGAUGGAAGCUGUAGUUCACAACAUCUCGAGAGUAUCACAUUGGCUAUCCCUGGUUUAACCAAAGUCAGGGACAGCUCAAAACAUUUUCUUGUCUGAAGCAGAAGACAAGAUGACACCCCACAUUCCAAGUAUACAAGUUGGCAGUUGAAGUUUACUCCACCACCAUACCUAUGGAAAAGACUAGCAUAAAGGGAACAGGGCAGUCAUAUGUCACAUGUACCCCAGUCUUCUAAACACAGAGAUGGGGAAGCUGUGGCCCUCUGGAUGUUUUUUUGGACUCCAAUUCCCAUCAGCCCCAAUCAACACGACCAAUUGCAAAGGAUGAUGGAAGUUGUAGUCCAGCAACACCUGAAGGGCCACAAGUUCCCAUUCAGGCUUUUACAUCUUGGUACUGUUCCUCAGCAGGCUGAGGCAGCUACUGUACUUUAUUCUGCCAGGACCAGCCCUGACCAAAGUACAUGGUUUUUAAGCCACUUGAAAUGCACAGACUCAAUGUGGACUGGGUAAUUUAUUUUUUAAAACAUAUUGUAUGUAAACCAUUGAAGUGAACUUCACACAGGAAGGAUAAAGGAUCCAGGAUUUAAAUGUCAUAACCAUAACUUAACAGUAUAUAAGGGUAUGUAUGUCUUGAAGCUUCUAGGAAUCGCUUUGUGCUUUAGACUGUGAUCCUAACCAUACUUACAUUACCGCUGAAGCUAACAGAACUAAGCAAAUGUAUUUGAGACUGAUGUGCUGGUGAAUUGUUGCUCAUAGUAUGUCCCAAGUGAUCAGGUUUCUGUUCUGAAAUGUUUUGCUUUUAUGUUGGGACCGUGAUUAAUCAGCUUCCUUAAAAUAAGAAUGUAGCCAAACACAGCUGUGGGACACCCCUUCCAUUACUCAGUAUUGAAAAAAACAACUUUGUAUGUUUUCUUUGUAAAUAUUUGUGUGAAGCCCAAUACAACAUAGAUAAAAGCACAAAAUAUUAUCUCAUCUGAACAUAGAUAUCUAAGGCUCCUUCAAAUGAUUUCCCCAUCACAACAUGAUUCCCUUGAAGGCCUGGGGAGAUGGUUGUCUUUUAGUGCAGAAUGUUCUAGGUUUACCUUCUGCUUCCCGAGAACUCUGAGAGCAAUAACCCUGAGGCUUGCCAUUUAUGAGUCCAUCAUAUCACACAACAUGGCAGACCAGAGAGAUGUCAUGAGAUAAUCAGGGGAUUGUGUAUGCCUAGGUAUCAUGUGAUGGAACUUGUACAAAAUGUUACAAAGAUUUAGCUCUAGCUGAGUGGGGCCACUCUAGAAACUGUGUGGUUUGAGGCUUCAAAGCCACGGCCCCACUGAAUUCAAUGAGUGCAUUUUCUUCUCUUGACCCUAGGGUUUUCAAAAUUAAUCAUAUCCAAAACAUUGGACAGGCUAUGCUAAGAGAUAAAGCCAUGACUUGAAAUUCUACUUGCAAAAAACCCCACCUUGAAAUAUUUCUGUUAUGAGACAAAUCAGAGAUCAUAGUUAAACGGGGAUUUAAACCCAUCUUUCUGUUGGCCUUGCUCACACAGCAGCACAUAGUCAACUAUAGAAUUUGCUGUCAAGAUUUGGUGAUUAUGGCCACCAACUUAAAGGGAUUUAGAAGAGGACUAAAUAAAUACAUAGACAAAGUAGCUGCCAUGUUCACAGAGGAGACCCCUCUGUUUGAUGGACCGUCCGGUCCAAGUUCAGUUUAAAGACAAAGAAUCCAAAAAAGGAAGGAUAAGGGCCUUGAAGUUGUCUAUCAAUAGUUAGCACCUGGGCAGCAGACAGAAUUGGCACACAGGCCACCUGGUCACUGUCUUCCCCAUUAUGGUGAAAUGUAUUGUAUUUCUUGUUUAAAUAAUAGUAAUUAUUUCUAGAUUUGUAAAUCUUAUGUAAAUCUGUUAUUUCUUUUGUCCUCUUUUUUGAUGAAGCAUUUCCUUUUUGGUGAUCUGUGAGUGGCCUCCCUUUUCUUGGAGGAUAAGGCUAUCAAUUGUUAUCAAAUUAUGGCUAUAUACUACCCCCAGGAUCAAAGACAGUGUGCUUGUGAGAACUAGUCACUGGGAAACAAAAGCAGGAUUGGUCUAUUGCCCUCAUAUCCUGUUUGUAGGCUUCCCAAUGGCAUCUGGUUGGCCAUUUCAGGGGGAAAAAAGGAUGCUGGACUAGGUAGGCCUCUGAUCCUGCAGGGCUUUUCAUGUUAGGUUCUUAUGGUCAGUUCUGGAUGAGGUUUUGUAUGGAAAAUAUUUCCUCCCCCAGCCCAACUGUGUUUAAAGUAAACAUGAACCAGAGAAAGAUAAGACUACUAAAGCCCCAUUGAAAUUGGUACAACAUAAGUAUGCUUAAUACUGGUGAAUAGAUCCCUUUAAGACUGUAAACCUAAGUACACUCCCUUGAGAAUAAAUCCUGUGGAACUCAGUGAGACUUACUUCAAAGAAGACAUACAUAAGGUUGCACUUGCACAUGUAACAUUCCAUAAGACGAAUUUGUACUUUUCAUACUGAUGAAAUUACUAAUCCACCACAGGCUUGAUUUUUACACCUAGGUCCUAAUCCUGUCCUUGUGGCUUUAUUGGAAUUGCAAAUAGGGUGGCCACCGAGUUGUUGCUUCUGCCCUGACAAAAAUUCUGUGCCUUUAACAGCUGUGCAAAAGUUAGAAAUGCAUAGCUGCUCCCCAACAUUCAGCUGAAUUUCUGCCAGUUUUUUGAGAAUUUAAAAGAUGGAGAUUUUGAAACUACUGUGUACCUUUUACACACACACACACACACACCCCUCCAGUACUUUGCCCAUGAAAAAAGGGAAGCUAGGAAAACAAGUGUAAAUAUUUUAAGGUUUGCAUUGAGUCAGAUUAUAUUCAUAAAGUGUAUGCUAACCACACAAGCAAAAACAUUAAGCUGCCUCCUACUGCUGUGCUUUACGGCUGAAGCAUACAUUUAAAUUCUUUUCUGAAAAUCUAGGUAUGUCAUUUUGCCUGCUGGCAAAGAAGCUAUUCUCAUGCAAAAAAGUCUGCUUGAGUGUUUUUAAGAAAGUUUUAUUAUUGUGCAGAGAGAAUGUCUUGUUGACCUAGGAGCUUAGAUUUUGCAAGGUUUAUUGUAACUAAUUUGGUGAGGAAUUGCACUGUGCUUUGCUCUGAUCAAUUUAGAUCAGUUUCUCUUAAAUGCCAUUACAUUGUUUAUGAAACCACAGUGGAGAAAGACAUAUGAUAUAGUGCUUUUUAGAUUAACCUGGUGGAACAAAAAGCAAAAGUUGUAGGAGAUCAGAUUAGAGAGUGGAAAGUAGAAGAUAAGAGUCAGAUUGGUAGUGAACACCACUUAAAAAGCUGACAGGUGUGGAUGUGUAGUGAUUUGUGUCUACACUGAUGGUGUCUGGUAUCCCUACUAUUUCCACAGUGUGAUUCACUGUCUGAGCACAUAUACGGUGCUCAACUGGAUUACUCCACUGUGUGUGACCAUGAAAUCACUAUGGAAGGCUAUUUAACACAUGCAGGCUGAUACACAUUUUAACUGUCAGACUGUAAAAGCAAAGCUUCCAGAGGAGCAUUUUAAAAAGACUUGAUAAUAUAGAGGAAAACAUUGAACGUUGGAAGAAGCAUUGCUUAAAACAUUGACAAUUGAUGCACAAUUGAUGCUGAAUGUAAAAUAGAAACACAGCUAUCUUAAGAUCCCAUUUAUUACUGAAGUAACUGUGCAGCAACCAUUAGAAGGAAAAUCCGGAGGAAUUAAAUAGCUUGUGUUGUUGUGUAGUGCAUAGUUUGGUUUAGCAUUACAUCUGAAGCUGACACAUGGUUUGUUUCCCCCAAUCAAAUCAUGGGCAGUAAGAAACUCUGUAUCCUUUCCUUUUGUUUGCACUGUGCAUUUCCUUCCAGCCCUGCUUCUGGGGAAACACUUUAAAAAAAUUGAAAUAGAUAUAUGUGAGUUCUGAACAUCCACCCAAGUACUUCUUACUUUUUUCUGUGCCUGUGUGUAAAGGGCCAGAUCUUAUCAUCUAUCUAAGGAAGAAAGUACUCCAGCAGUGUUCAGGUAGCUGUCAUCAACAUCCAACAGAUUCUUACAUCUCAGAGAUUUCUGCAUAAAAAAUGCCAGAGAUUCUAAAUAUGCAAGAGUUACUGAAACUUAAGUUUCUGUGUUUAUACUAGAAGGAAGAUAGCUUACUUUUGUGUUUGUUUUGAUUAGCUUCAGUGCAAAUUAAUACCUAUUGCCACUGCCUUUGCAUAACAGGUCAGAUUUAUACUCUAAUUACGUAAUUGUAUUUUCACUUUCACCAGGUGUUAGGUUGACAGAGAAGGACACUUUGUUAGAAUG